ACCAAAAAAUUGGUAGGGUAUGAUUUGCCAGCAAUUCAAACACACCCACAUUUCAGUCACUUCAGUCCAGCCGAACCGCCGCACCCCACCUAGGAGCACCCACGCUCGCUUUUGUCCCUCGUCUCACUGCCGCCGCCAGCGGUUCCGGCCACCGUACCCUUCCUUCCGGUUUAUCUCAGGGAUGGAACUACACUCGGGCAGUCGCCUCAGCUCGCAUUCGCUCCCAGGAGCUCCCCGUCGUUCCUGCACACGGCGCUGCCCAGACGGCGGCGGAGAGGACCAGAUCAGCGCCCUUCCGGAUGAUAUGCUGCUCCAGAUCCUCGUUCGCCUCCGCUGCGCCCGCGCCGCCGCCCUCACGAGCUCUCUCUCCCGCCGGUGGCGCGGCCUCUGGAGGCACCUCUUCGCGAUCUCCUUUUGCGAGAUCCCCUUGGACGCAGUCGACGCCGCCCUCCAACAGGUCGCCUGCCCUACUCUAUCCCGCCUCGAAAUAGAGAUCCCCGAGAGGCACAGGAUCAUGGACUCUGCGCGCCUCUCCGCGCUGCUCCAAGCUGCCGAGCGGUUCGCCCCGGCGGAUCUCGUCGUCGAUGUCCACGGGGACUGUAAAGAUCAAGUUACACGUAGCCAACCUUUAUCUCACACUGCCGGCAAGGCGCGUUGAGUUCCCUAUGCUGGAGAGGUUGUCUGUCGCCCACUGCCGCUUCGACAACAUGAACAUGGUUGAGCUGAUCAGCCGGUGCCCUCACCUGCGCGUGCUAGAAGUGGACCACUGCUGGCGUCUCGACACGCUCAAAGUUCACUCAGCGACCAUUGAAGAGCUUGUGGUGGACGACUGGCUGACCAACGUUGAUAUCGUGGCCCCCGUGCUUAAGAAGUUCAGGUUGAAAUCCACCAUGGAGAGAUGCUUCAGCGUGUCCUUCUCAGCACCGAUGGUGGAAUAUCUCUCGUGGUCAUUCUCGUUUCACCAUCAAAACGUCGGGAUCGGCGAUAUACGGCUAUGGUGUGUGCGUGGCCUGAGUCUACAGACAAAACAGAGAGCCCACGUCCUACUGUUGGACAUAGAUUUUGCGCACGAGGAAUUUCUUGUGGACAGUGACUUGUUCCAGCAGAUAUCACCGCUUCCUGAAUUUUCUGUUUUGGAGAUGUAUUUGGGAUCAUAUGGACAUGUUUUUGGAGCAAUGAUGUUGGAUCUUCUUGGGACUUGCAACGCUAUAACCAGGCUUAAAGUCACCAUGCGAAGCUCACCGAGAACACAAGCAUGCCCACCAGAAUGUCUUUGUGAUGAAUUCCCAAACUGGAGAAGUCAAACUAUCCCGAUGGCGGUGGUGCUGGGAGCAAGCGGGGCUUCCCUUCGGCGGCGGUGGUGUUGCGAGCUGGGCGGCCAGGGUUCUCUCCUCUACUCUUCUCCUCUCCUCACCUCACCUCUCCUCUCCUCGACAAGUAAAAGUCUAAGUCACACACGCUACCCGCACGCGGUGUGUGGCGAUGGCCUUCUACUUAUAGAGAGAGAGAGGGAGAGGGAGAGCUUUGAGGGAAUAGGUGCAGGGCAGGGGCGGGAGGUAGUAUUUCGCCUCAACUUCCCUCCCGAACGUUUCGUCCCGUCCCGUCCCCCGCGGGCGGCGUCGGGGCGACGACCCCAACCCUCCCCGCCCAGGCCGAUCUCUCCUCCUCUCCCCUCCGCCGCCGUCGGCGCAGGCCGCCGGGCAAAGCCCGCGCGGUGCCGGCGGCGGCGGCCGUCCCUUACCCACGCGCUAGGUUGGGAGGCGCGGGGCUCUCUCCGGCCAGCGGUGGUGCUGCUCGGUAGGCAAGGUGCCGGCGGCGGCGGCGCACCGCGGGUGGCGCGGCUCCGGGUGGUCCGGUGGCGGCGGCGCCGCCUCUUGGCAGCGGGGCAGCAGGGUGGUCAGCGGCGGCGCGGGCGGCGCGGCCCUGACCCAGAUCUGGGCCUGUCUGGGCCCCAUCUGGGCUUGGGCGGGCCAGAUCUGGCAUCCCUCUGCUCCCGGCGGCUGGUGGAGCUUCUCCUGCUGAGGGUAGCUAGGACGGCGGCGCGUGGACUGCAGCGCGGCCACGGGAGCUUCACGAGCCCGGCGGGCUCGGCCGGGCCAGAGGGGCCUGGUUUGCUCCUGUAGCUGCGUCCGGUCUGUCACCGCAGCUGGCGGUGGAGGUUGCGCCCUCCCGCGUGGCUGCUGUCCAGGCUCUCCUCGGCUCGGGGGGGAUCCUUUCGGUUUCGUCGGUCUUCGUCAGUGGGUCACGGUGAGACGGCGUUGGUGGUUGCGUGACCGUGGUGGCGCGAGUUGGUGGGUGUCGAGGUUGGCGGAGCUUGACGGAGUGUCCGGGGCCGUGGGACUGUGGGGGACGGGAGAAAUCCUUGUCGACGGCCGACACCGACGCGGUGACGCUCGCGGGCGCCACCAUUCCUUCUUGAGGGGCGUCGGGGUUCCCCUUCCCACUUCCCUUCCGCAUACCGGGGGAAACCCUAGGCUUGUCCGGGCAGCAGCGUCGUCAUCGUCGCAUCCCUUCUUGAAGGUGCUGUCUUGGUAUGCGGCGCUUCGGAGGGCUAAGCUCGUGGUGGGAAUCUUCCGGAGGGCGCAGCGGUUGCGGAUCAUCAGCGUUUUCGUCGAUCCGACUUUGUCAUCCUUUCUUUCUUUUUUCUUCUUCUUUUGUUUUCUUUUGGGCUUCGGUGUGCUGUUUGCCCCAGCGGUGGUCUCUACCUUGUAUCAGUUCGUUGCUAUAUUAAUAUAGCGGGGCGAAAGCCUAGUU